CUGUACGGCGCUAUGUAACAGAGUGGAUAUAGCUUACUUCCGAUGCGUCGUUAAGAGAAGGAGGUGGUACUGACUGUAGUUUAGAGUAUAAAAGUAUUUAUUAUAAAAGUAUAAAAAGUAUUAACAGUCAAACUCAUUGCAAAAGAAUUACUCAACAGUAAACGAUAUGGAAGUCGCUGAGUCAGAAGGGUGUUCUGCCGGGCAUGCAGCAAGUCUGCUAGGGCAUCAACAGAACUAUACCGGGCAGGCGAACAACAAAGCAACUAAAAUUAAAAUCAUUGCUGGGGUCAUUUUAAUCUUGCUAAUGGCUGUAAUUAUAGCAGUUGUAUUUGUUCUGAAACUACACUGUGAUCUGAAAGUGAGCACCUGUAGGAAUAGAUGUCUUUCUGAAAAAAGAAGCAUCAGUGCAACUUGUUACUGCGACACAGCCUGUGUAAAUGAAGGAAACUGCUGUCUGGACUAUACAGAAGUGUGUGUUGAACCCAGUAGGCUUUGGACAUGCUCCAAAUUCCGUUGUGGUGAGGAGAGGUUACCCAACAGCCUAUGUUCUUGUGCUGAAGAUUGUGUUCAAAGAGGUGACUGCUGUGCAAACUACUACACCAAAUGUAAAGGAGAAAAAACAUGGUUUGAAGAGGAGUGUGAGGAAAUCAAGACACCACAAUGUCCAGCAAGUUUUUCCAAACCACCACUAAUACUUAUAUCGCUGGAUGGCUUUAAAGCAAAGUACUUAAACAAUUAUGGUGGCCUGCUUCCAAUCAUUACCAAGCUAAAACAAUGUGGAACCUCUACUCCAUUUAUGCGCCCUGCUUAUCCUACUAAGACCUUUCCCAAUCAUUACACAAUUGUAACAGGUCUGUAUCCAGAGUCACAUGGAAUUGUUGACAAUAAGAUGUAUGAUGUUAGUCUUAAUGCCACCUUCAGUUUAAGAGACAAUGAGAAGUUUAACCCACGGUGGUACCAGGGUGAACCAGUUUGGAUUACAGCCAUGAACAACGAACUCAAAUCUGCUACAUUCUUUUGGCCAGGAUCAGAUGUACCCAUUAAAGGAAAAUUUCCGAAUUUUUAUAGAACAUAUGAUAAGAAUAUUCCAUUUGAAAAAAGAGUGACCACAAUUUUUGAAUGGUUGAGUUUGCCUCAAGGAGAAAGGCCCAACUUUUACACUUUAUAUUUGGAACAACCUGAUAAAGCUGGACAUAUAUAUGGACCAGGGAGCAGCCAGGUGAUUGAGGCUCUAAUGAAUGUUGACAAGAUUAUAGGAAUGAUAAUGGAUGGUCUAAAGCAGAGAAAACUCCAUAAGUGUGUCAAUCUGGUUCUUCUCUCAGACCAUGGAAUGGAGGAAGCUUCGUGUGAAAAAGCUGUAUAUAUUUCAUCAUACCAGGAUAACACUGAUGACUUUACAGUACUCCAGGGUCCUGCUCCAAGGAUCCGCCCCAGACGACUUCCUGAACAAUUCUUUACCUUUAAUUAUGAGGGGCUGGUGAAGAAUUUGUCGUGCAGGGCUCCUGAUCAGCCGAUGAAGCCUUAUUUGAAGGAGCACCUUCCUAAACGCCUUCACUUUGCUAACAAUGUCCGUAUAGAAAGAGCACAUCUAUACAUGAAGCCUCAGUGGCAAGCAGCCCUUAAACCAGAUGAAAUCAAGUACUGCACUGGUGGGUUCCAUGGUUCGGAUAAUGUCUACAAAAACAUGCAGACAAUUUUUAUAGGAUAUGGACCAGGAAUGAAGUACAACACAACAGUGGCUCCCUUUGAAAACAUAGAAGUGUAUAAUCUCUUAUGUGAUUUGUUGGCUGUUCCUCCUGCUCCUAACAAUGGCACUCAUGGAAGUCUUAACCAUCUAUUAAAGAAGCCAUUUUAUCAGCCUGUCCACCCUGCUGAGCUCUCUCCUGCUUCUGACUGUUCCGCUUUUUUUCUCUCUCCAAAUGACGACAAUGACUGUAGCUGCCAGUCCCACAGCAAAGCCCAGGUGAAAGAUCUCAAUCAACGACUCAUCAGAUUAAUGGAAGACUCAGCUGCCAGAAGUCCCCACUUACUAUUUGGAGUUCCAGGAGUUGUACAAAAUAGAGCAGACUAUUGUGUACUUCAGCAUUCAUCUUAUAUCAGUGGAUACAGCAAAGACAUCCUCAUGCCUCUCUGGGUUGCAUAUACUGUGGAACCACUGACUGCUGUGGAACCCCUUAAUUACUCUCAGGAACAGUGUGUUCAUGCUGAUGUGCGCAUACCAGCCACUAUGAGUCAGUCCUGCUCCUUCUACAAAAACAACCAGACUCUGACAUAUGGAUUUCUCCAUCCACCCAACUUGGCGUCAAAUGACACUGAGGAACAAUCUGACUCACUGAUCACAAGUAACAUGGCACCAAUGUUUACAGCUUUCAAGGGCAUAUGGGAUUAUCUUCACAAUGUUAUCAUGGUGAAGUACUGGAAAGAUCUAAAUGGCAUGAAUGUCAUGAGUGGACCAAUAUUUGAUAAAGACUUUAAUGGAAAGUAUGACAUAAUGACUGGAAAGACAAAACAAGAGGUUCCAAUCCCUACACAUUUCUUCAUGAUUCUAACAAGUUGUAAGGAUUCAUCUCUAAGAUUACAAACAUGUGGCAAUCUAAUUCAGACUUUGUCUUUUAUUUUGCCACACCGUCCAGAUAACCUGGAAACCUGUCAUAAUGGAAGCGACUACUCAUGGGUUCAGAAUUGGAUUCAGCACCAUGUGGCACGGAUACGAGAUAUUGAGCUUUUAACUGGUCUUAGCUUUUAUCCUGAAUAUUCACCUUUUACUGAUGUUUUACAACUCAAGACUUUUAUGAAAAUAUUUUAGCAUUUAUGUUGGAUAACCCUUUCUAAAUAGGACCUUCAAUUUAACUCUGUACCAGCAGGGUCAUUAGUAAACAAAAAAUUUUUUUAAUUAACUUAAUACACUUUAUAUACAAAGAUUACAUCUUUUUUUAUAUAGCUGCAUGUUUGUCAUAUGUAAAUUCUAUGCAAAAACAGGAAAGGAUUUCAGGCCAUAUUUCAUUCAGGGAUUCAUGCUCAUGGUAUACCACUUCAAGCAAUUGUCUUAAUGUCAUUAUUAACAGUCUGUGACCAGAUCUUUUGAGAUAAAAAUGUCAGAUUUAAGUUUAUAAUGUUAUAAAACAGUGACUAUUGUACAUUUUAUAUUUUUGUUAAAU